AGGUUUAUAGUGCUGAUGCUGCUGUCAGAUACUUGACAUAUUUGACCAAGCGAGUGCAGUCUCAUCUCUACAUCUGCUCGCUGUGAUUGUCUGCUUGCUGUACUUGUUCGCUGUUCUUAUAACACACCACACCUCCUUGAUCCCCAACAGCAACCGCCACAAUGGUCGGCCAGAAGCAGCCCGUCUACGUGCUCGGCGUGGGCAUGACAAAGUUCAUCAAGCCCCGCGGCAAGGUUGACUACCCGGAGCUCGGCUUUGAGGCUGGUGUUAAGGCCAUGCUUGAUGCGCACAUCAACUACGACGACGUCGACCAGGGUGUCGCAUGCUACUGCUAUGGCGACUCAACGUGCGGCCAGCGCGUCUUCUACCAGUUCGGCAUGACCGGCAUCCCCGUGUACAAUGUCAACAACAACUGUUCGACAGGCUCCACAGGCUUGUACAUGGGCAGGAACAUGAUUGCCCACGGAGCGGCCGACUGUGUGCUUGUGGUCGGCUUCGAGAAGAUGUUUCCCGGCUCGCUGCAGACGUUCUUCCAGGACCGCACCAAUCCCACUGCGACGACCAACUUGAUCAUGAAGGAGACAAGGGGUAUCACGAAGGCACCUGGUGCUGCGCAGCUGUUCGGCAACGCAGGCCGUGAGCACAUGGAGAAAUACGGCUCCGAGCUCAAGGACUUCGCAGAGAUCGCCCGCAUCAACCACGCCCACUCCAAGAACAACCCCUACUCGCAAUUCCAAGACGAAUACACCCUCGACCAAGUCAUGAACUCGCCCAUGAUCCACGAGCCCCUCACAAAACUGCAAUGCUGCCCGACCUCCGACGGCGCCGCCGCCACCGUGCUCUGCAGCCAGUCCUUCCUCGACGCGCGCCCAGAGCUCAAAGACCAGGCCAUCCUCAUCGCCGGCCAGCGCCUCGCAACCGACACGCCCGCGCUCUUCAACCGCUCCGCAAUCGACCUCAUCGGCGCCGGCAUGAGCGAGCUCGCGGCCCGCGACGCCCUCGCCGAGGCCAACACGUCCCCCGACGAGGUCAAGGUGUGCGAGCUGCACGACUGCUUCUCCGCCAACGAGAUGGUCACCAUCGAGGCGCUGGGCCUCGCGCCAAAGGGCAAGGCCCACGAGCUGAUCCGCCAGGGCGGCAUUACGUACGGUGGCAAAGUCGUGAUCAACCCGUCUGGCGGGCUGAUUUCAAAGGGCCACCCGCUGGGCGCGACGGGGCUGGCGCAGUGCGCGGAACUGGUGUGGCAUCUGCGCGGGUGGGCGAACAACCGCAGUGUCAAGGACACAAAGGUUGCGCUGCAGCAUAACUUGGGCUUGGGUGGUGCGGUUGUGUGCACGGUGUAUAAGCGUGCGGAUGGUAGUGCGGCGCAGGACUUGACGGAUGAGCAGGUCGGGAAGGUCACGGGGCUGGGGUACAAUCCGGCCACGCAGGCGAAGGGGUGGACGAAGGCGCAGGUUGACGGCGUGAGGAGUCGAAAGGCGAGGAGCGAGUGGGCGUUGCAGGAUGUGGGGGACAAGGUUGAGGCGAGGUUUUAAUAUGCGAAUGGGCGUGGUUCCUGACUUGCUUGUUAGGCGUUGACUUGCUUGUUAGGCGUUGACUUGCUUGUUAGGCGUUGACUAUUG